GGAAGGAACCACAAGGAAGAAGGGGACAAUACAAUCAUGCUGUGCUGUAUGAGAAGAACAAAACAGGUUGAAAAAAAUGAUGACACUGACCAAAAGAUUGAACAAGAUGGCAUCAAACCAGAAGAUAAAGCUCAUAAGGCAGCCAUCAAAAUUCAGGCUAGCUUCCGUGGACACAUAACAAGGAAAAAGCUCAAGGGAGAGAAGAAGGGAGAUGCCCAAGCUACUGAUGUUGAAGGUGGUGAGAAGAAGGAAGAGGUCCUUGCCAAUGGUCUGGCAGAUGGCAAAACUGCUAUUACAGAAGUUGUUCCAGCUGAGAAUGCCCUACCUGGAGAUGAAAGUAAAGGGGAAAGCACCCCAGCAGAUGAGAAGCAGGCAGAUGGCACUGCCGACAGUGGCUCAGAGCAACCAGCCCCAAAGGCCACUACUCCUGCUGCUCCAUUGGAGGAAAAGCCUGCUCCUGCUGCCACUGAAACAGAAAGUGCCACUAAAGCUUCCACUGAUAAUUCACCAUCCUUGAAGGCUGAUGAGGCCCAAGUCAAGGAGGAACCCAAACAAGCCGAUGUGCCUGCCACUGCCACCACUGCCGUUACCCCUAGUGCUGCAGAAGAUGCUACUGCCAAGGCAACAGCGCAACCCCAAACAGACACGGCAGUGAGUAGCCAAACCGAAGAGAAAACAGAUGCUGUAGAAGAAACCAAACCUUCUGAAAGUGCCCUGCAGGAAGAAAUGAAAGAAGAUGAGAGCAAGGCGGACCAAGAAAAUGCCUGAACAUUAAGAAAUGACUUCCUCUUGCCCUUCCCCCCUCCUUUUUCCUGUAUCUUCCCUCCCUUCCUGGUUCCAAUCUUACUUCUCCCACUUUCACCUGUAAAUCUGUCUGUCCUCUUUGUCCCUUUCUGCCCCCUCCGCCCCUUUUCUCUCUGUGUGGCAAACAUUUAAAGAAAAAAAAAGCAGGAAAAAUCCCAGUCAAACAGUGUGGCUUAAACAUUUUGUUUCUUGGUGUUGUUAUGGCGAGUUUUUUGGUAAUGAUGAUUCAAUCAUUUUGGGAAAAUUCUUGCACUGUAUCAGAAUUGUUUGAUCUGCGCGUGUGUGUGUUUGUCUGCCCACCACGAGUGCGCUCUUUCUCUCUCUCCUGCCCCCCCUUUUUCUCUGUUCCAAGUGUGUGUGCAAUGUUAUGUUCCUCUGAGGAGUCCAAACCUAUUGAGUGAGUUAAGAGAGAGGAAAAAAAAAGAACAAACAUUUUUCUUUUCUCCCCAUUUCAAUGUGAUGAUGGAAUGAACUAUAGGAGACACAACAAACAAAGCAAAAAAGAGAAAAAGGAAAAACACAGAAUGAGAAUACAAGCCCAGUUUGUUUAAUAAAAUAAAAUAAAGCAAAUGUGCCAAUUAGCGUAAC